UUUAAAACCACCACUAUCAAGAACCAGAAGGCAGGAUGGUCUAAUUUUGUUUUGUUUCUCUUGCAGUGAGCUUAGGAGUUGUAGAGUCUUAGAUUGAGCUGUUAUUUUGGGUUUCACAAGAGAACUGAGUCUACCCAGGGUUCAAACACAUUUGAGCAGAAAAGACCCAGUUUUGGUGUUUCAAACUGGAAAGACACAGACAAGGGAGAUUCCUGGGCUCACCCACCGCUCCCUACUCUGCCAUGUAUAGGAGCAGCUACUUGCAUGCAAUCCACAAGGAGAAGUAUGAACAAUCAGAUGCUUAUGAAGAACUUCCAGAGUCACCGGAAUUUGGUGGUCUUGCACAAGCCCAAGGCCUGGAAAACCUGCAGGAACUUAGUCAACAGUUUUCAAACUACAUCAACAGGGCUCGGGUGCUUGAGCAGCGUAACGCCAUCUUCCGCAAGCAACUUGAGACAUUCCAACGCAUGGAUGAGCUGGCUGGAUUAGAAGAGGCUUUUGCUGCUCAGAUUGAUCUCAAUCACCAGCGAGUCCGUGACCUGUCCACCAACAGAUCUAAGCUGGAACGUGAGAAGAAAGACGCUCAGCGCAUGUUGGAUGAAUACUGUAACAAAUAUAAAAAUGAAUGUGAAUAUCAGAAGAAGCAGAAAAGUACUCUUGAACAGCUUAAUAAGGAAGCUGAUGAAGCUUUGUUAUGUAAUUUAGAACUCCAGAUUGAAUCACAGUUCUUGCAAGAUGAUGUAAAUGCCACGAAAGACAGAUAUAAGAAGAACCUCAUGGAAGUACAGACGUAUAUUGGAAAUUUACAACAGAUCAUGCAAGCAGCACCUCCGGUGUCCAACAUCAUGGCUGGUGCCAGUGACGAAAAGCUGAUAACCGAGGGAAGGAUACCAAUACUCCAGAGUCAGUUAGAUGAAUACAAGGGCAUUUUUUCCCAGCUCCAAGCCCAAAAACUUAAGCUUCAGACAGAGACAGGAAUGCUGGACCAGGUGAUUAAGGACACCCAGCAGAGCUAUAAUGAUGAGAUUCACCUGUAUAAUGAGCAGAUUGACAGUCUGAGAAAGGGCAUAGAAGAUGCUGAAAGGACCUUGGAGAAAUACACCAACCAGUGUCGCCAACUGUCCAUUUAUAAACAGUCCCUAGAGAGUGAAUUGGAGCGUUAUAAACGUAUAAUUGAAAAUGAAGAUAGCAGAUUGAAUUCUGCUAUUAUUGGAACUCCAGUAACCCUAUUUACACAGACCUACAGACCAUCAGAGACCCCAACCUUGAAAGGGACAGACAUUACACUAGUCAUGCAAGACAUUGCUGGUGCCAAGUUACGGCAAAGAAGUCUGCCAAAGAAAAUGUUUAAGAGGAAGGAGAUUACACCAAAAGAUCUUACUAGUGGGUCUUCCUUAGAAAAAAUGUUUGACCAGCCGCAGGAAAGAUUUGACCAAAUUCUGAUGGAUUCCAAACAGGAAGGAUUACUCACAGAAAGUGAACAUGGAUCGAAUGGUACAAAGGAAGAAACUGAGCCCAGCAAAGCUGAAGAAGAUGUGCCUGAUGGAGCACAAAUAAGCAAAGCUUUUGACAAAUUGUGCAAUAUAGUGAAAGAGAAAGUCAGAUGCUACCAAAGACAGGAACCUAGAACUGGGUUCCAUGCUAAAGGAUAUGUAGUUAUUGCAGAAAAAGGCAGCUAUGAUGACACCUGCUUCCAUUCUUUACCUAUUCCUUAUAAGGGUAGAGUCAUUGUUUCAGAUGUUGAAGGAAAUAUAUCACGCGGUAUGAAACCAAUCCCAGAAUUACCCAGAUCUCCUGAACAUUACAAAAGUGAAUUCGAAGUCCAUAGAAUGCAAGAGCGAUCAAGGAUGCAGAAAGACAUUAAAUAUGAGUACAAACUGAUAGGCAAAGAGAAGGAAGAUGAUGUAUCCAGGUGGCAGAGAGAAUUUGGAAAAAAAGAAGCGUUCCCAAAAGUGGAAUUUACUGGGGCUUCUGAACCAUUUUCCACACCAUGUCCAAGUGAACAAAAUGAAGAAGGAAUUUAUGUAAAGAAACAAUGCAAAAAGCAGGAUGGCUUGCAUAAGGAACUAACUUCACCAAGCACUGUGAGUUAUGAGAAGGUAGAAAUGGUAGAAUCCAUUGAGAAAUUCUCUGAUGAAAAAAUCCAAAGCUAUGAAGAAACUGCUAUGAUUAUGGAGACCAUGACUGAGAAAACCAGCAAAAAGAAAUUGGAAGAAAAAAACCAUUAGAGUACACCUUCAAACAGCCAAUUAAUCCAGCUUACAAUUAUUGUAGAGGUGAUCCUCAGAGGGUUUUUUAUUUUUUUUAAUAGCAAUGCUAAAAAAGAUUAAUGGAACUCUACCAAUGUGAAUGGUUUGAUGUUGGUAGCCUAAAAAAUAUAUUUUGCUUGAUUCCUCAUCACUCUCCCCUUAUAUUGUCUGAUGGAGUGAUAAAAAUAGUGAAUGUGGAGUUGAAUUUCUCUGCCAAUAGCAAAAUUGUAGUUGUCUCAUCUUGAGGAUCUUAAAUGAAAUUCAAAUGUCACUCCCUCACCCUCAGUUUUUGCCAUCUCUGGGGGUUGUUGUUGAACAGAAGCCCCAAUUUUUCAAGAUCAUUCCUAUGUUGGCCUCAGUUAGAAGAAUGCACACAGGGAAGAGUAGCCACACCAUCAAAAGAAAGAAGGACCCGAACAACUGGUUUUAUGUAUCCCCAGCUCUAAAUAUUACUUCAGAUCUAAUAUGUUCACAAGAUCUUGUUUGGAAUUAAACUGUCCCAAGCCUCCAGGAAAGAACCAAAAUAUCCUCUAUUCCCCAUUAAAUUGAUGAUCAAAGGAAAAUAAUAGGGGAGAAGUACAUCUCUUUUAAGAUCACUAGUUUUUCUUAAUCAUAUCAACUUGCAAGGGAUUGGGGCCAUUGUGCUUGGUGCCAUUGCAUGUCCAAAGUGUAUCAAAUAUAAUACAAAUGGAUUUGAUGUCUUCAUUGAAGUGAUUCUUGGACUAUACUAAUACCUGAGUUUCUGAUGAUGCAAAUAUCUGAAUGUUAGCUGGUACCAUUUGGUUGAUUUUUUUUUUUUGCCUAAUAAACAUUUU